UCGUAGACAUAACUUCCAUGGGAUGUAGCAGUUCCGCCCAAAGAACUUGUUCUAGUUCAUUGCAGCUCUUGGAAAAUAUAUUUUUUUCCUCAUUGAGGCCCAAAUUCUCAACUCUGGCAGUGAGUCCCAAAUUCUCAACUCUUCCCCUACUGUCCGAUGCUGCUGCAGCUUCCACAGGUCUUGCUUCCAACCUCGUUUUCAAAAACCACCGGCGGGAGAUGUCAUCACGCGGCGGAGGACAGCAAAGGUGCUCCAAACCCCACCGCCCAUCUCCACCUUCUCACCCUCCUUAGAGGCUCCCCUCGUCUGGAAUCCGCCAAACAAGUCCACGCUCAUGCUCUCAAGGUGGCCCUCCUUCCCAACGACCUCGCUCUCGCCACCAGAAUUCUCUCCAUCUAUGGAAAUUCUGGUUGUUCCGGCGAUGCCCAUGACCUGUUCCGUUGUAUUCCAGACCCUGACAUUGUUUCGUGGAACUCGAUCAUCAAGGCUUUUGGGAUAAACUGUGCGUGGCUUGAUGCCGUGUCCUUGUACUCGGAGCUCGGAUGGAGCGGUUCCGUGAGGCCUAAUGGUCUUACUUUCCCUGCUGCCAUUAAGGCGUGUUCCAAGCUUAUGCUUCUGAAAUCAGGGAAGGAGAUUCAUUGCCAUGUUCUGCGAAAUGGGUACCUGCCGGAUUCUUUCGUUGGGACCUCUCUGAUAUCUUUGUAUGCUAACUGCGGGCGGUUUGAGAAUGCGUGUAGAGUGUUCGAUGGAAUGCCUCAGAGAGAAACCGCAUCUUGGAAUGCGAUGAUUGGUGGUUCUGUGCAGAAUGGCUUUGCGGAGGAGGGUUUAGUUUUUUAUCGGCAAAUGAAGAUGGAGGGGUGCCUGCCUGAUCCAAUGACUGUUGUGGGAGUUCUGAAUGCUUGCACCGCACUGGGGGAUGUGAGUUUUGGGAUGUGCAUCCAUGCAGAAAUGUUGAAGCUUGGAUUGGGCAUUGACGUGUUUGUUGAUAACUCUCUGGUGGACAUGUAUUCGAAGUGUGGGUGCGUGGACAUGGCGGUGAAUGUGUUCAACCAAAUGGAUGAACAAAAUGUAGUCACCUGGACUGCUCUGAUUUCCUGUUAUUGCCAGCAUGGCGAAGGCGACUCUGCCAUUGAAAUGUUUAGGCAAAUGCUAGUCGAGAAUCUUUUUCCUAAUGAAUUUACUUUAGCAACUCUGCUUCAGGCAUGUGCACAAAGGCGGUAUUUGCAGUUGGUGAUGAUGGUGCAUGCUUAUACAUUGAGGAAUGGUUUCUCAAUGGACAAGUUUCUAUUAAAUUCUCUAAUAGAUAGUUAUUCUAAGUGUGGAGCUAUCGGUGCUGCUGAGAAGAUGCUGGACAGGAUGAAUUGCAGAGAUGUGGUUUCUUGGACAUCAGUCAUCACAGGGUGCAUAGACCACAAACUAAUUGAGAGAGCAUUUAUGUGGGCUUUUAGGAUGCAGAAUGACCUUGUGAUGCCAAAUGUCGUCACAUUGACCAGUCUAAUGCGUGGUUGUAGUUACCUAAAUGCACCAAACCUUUGCAGGUCAAUUCAUGGUUUUGUAAUGAAGACAGAGAUGAGAAGUGACCCUACCGUUGCAACUUCGCUCAUAAAUAUGUAUACAAAAAGUAGAUCGAUGGAUGUCGCAUAUCAAGUUUUCGAUAAGUUGUUGGAGAGAAGCAUAGACUCAUGGGGUGCAAUGAUCGUGGGAUACGUGCAGAGUGGUUCUAUCGGCAGAGCCCUGGAAAUUUUUAUCCAAUCCCAUAUUGCUGAGGAAUAUCUAAGCCCAGAAACUAUGGCAACUGUAGUGCAAGGUUGCUGCCAUGAAAUAUCUCUCAAACGGGGCCAAUCAAUACAUUGUUACCUAAUUAAACAUGGAUUCCUUCCGUGUGCUGUAGUUGAGAACUCACUCAUGGACAUGUAUGCAAAAUGUAAGCAGGUUGCUUCUGCCUGUUUGAUUUUCGACAGGAUGCAUUCAAGAGACAACAUCUCGUGGAACACCAUGAUUGAGUGCUAUGCCCGCAAUGACUGCUUACAUGAAGCCUUACGGCUUCUACAUGAAAUGAAUCAACAUGAUGAUAUAGAAAUAGAUGCAGUUACAAUGCUUAGUGCACUCCAAGCCUGCAUUCAGCUUGGUUCUUUACGAUAUGGUGAAAUUCUCCAUGGUUUUAUAAUAAGGUCAGGAAUUGACUCAGAUAUCUUUGUACAGAAUUCUUUGUUGGAUAUGUACGCAAAGGCUGGUAGAAUCGAUCUUGCAGAACAGAUUUUCUUGGAAAUGCCAGAAAAGGAUCUGAGCUCUUGGAACUCAAUGAUUUCUGCAUAUGGGAUGCAUGGCGAUAGUAGGUCUGCCUUGAAAAUUUUUGCACAGCUCCAAGAGUAUGGUCCGACUCACCCAAAUGACAUCACGUUUGUGUCUUUGUUGUCUGCAUUUGGUCAUUCAGGCAACGUAAUGGAGGGUUACCAGUGCUUUAACAGCAUGGUAAUUGACUAUGGCAUUGAGCCAAGUUUGGAUCACUAUGCUUGUGUAGUUGACAUCUUGGGAAGGUCCGGGCGUUUGAUAGAAGCAGAAGAGUUUAUAAAUAAGAUGCCUCUCGAACCUGGUUCAGCUGUGUGGGGAGCUCUCUUGGGUGCUUGCAGGAGUUCUAGGGAUGUGGUCGUGGCAGAAAGAGCUGCAAAGAAGUUGGCCAUUUUAGACCCGGGAAACAUAGCUUGGAAAGUCCAAUUAACAAAUAUUUAUGCUACAGCAGGAAAAUGGUCUGAAGCACAGAGAGUUAGAGCUGCUAUGAAGGACAGUGGGAUGAAAAAGCAGACAGGAUGGAGUUGUUUGGAGAUGGGGGGAAGGAAGUAUCAAUUCAUGGUGGCUGAUACGAGGCAUCCAGAGAGCUCAAGAAUUUAUGAGAUGUUGGAUGGCCUUACAGCUCAAAUGAACAAUGCUGAUUUAGUUGAAAGCAGCUUUAUUUUUGAACAAGGUGGAGAGGAAGAGAUGGUGAUUGCUUAAGUUCAUUUGAGUCACUCGGAUUUCUAAUCUUAGCGCCUUGAUCCUUCUUUGUGCUCUAAUGAAGGCAGAAACAUGUUCACUUCAGGUCCCUAUUGGUUUUCAUGUUCGAAGGUCCUGCACUAAAACCACCUCAACAGAUCUGAGGUCUAGCUACUCAUAGAUUAAUGUGCUUUGGCAACAUUUAAACAUUUAAGAGAUCUUUAGCAAUGUCA